GUAGUAAUAGACCAACUAACCAGCGCCAUCUCUACUCACUCUGUCUGCAACUACACUGAAACUCAAACAUAAUAAAAAGAAGAAGACGAAGAGAGAAAUUAAGACAAUCAAAAUGAAAAAACCCUAAUUUUCAUAAUGUUUAAUCUUUUAUGAAGAGAUUCCUCGUUUUGUUUGAAACAGAAUUCGUUAACAUCUGUCUAAUACUCUGAAAGCCUCUAAAAUUGGUUCUAUUUAGAUCUGUUUCUUCAGUAAUUUACAUUGAAUUCAGGCUAUAGAGUUAAGAUGGAUCGGCGUAGUUGGCCGUGGAAGAAGAAACAUUCUGAUAAGACAUCUACUACGCCGGAUUCAAUUCUUGCUACUUUAGCUUCGGCUACAUCUGAAGGAGAUCAGGAUAACUCUAAGAAAGUAAAAUAUGUUCAAAUUCCUCUUGAGUCGUAUACACAUCUUAUGGACUUGGAAGAUGAAGUUAAGACACUGAACGAUCAAGUUAAUGUGUUGAAUGAAAAUUUGUCUUCAGCUCAAUCAGAGAUUACUACUAAAGAGAAUCAUGUGAAACAGCACACAAAGGUUGCUGAAGAUGCUGUGGCAGGUUGGGAAAAGGCAGAAGCAGAAGCUUUGGCAUUGAAGGAUGAACUUGAGUCUGUCACACUCUUGAAGCUAGCUGCUGAAGAUCGAGCAUCACAUCUGGAUGGUGCUCUGAAAGAGUGCAUGAAGCAAAUAAGGAAUGUAAAGGAAGAACAUGAAAAGAAACUACAGGAGAAUUUUCUUACCAAAACCAAACAAAUAGAAAAAAUCAAGCUUGAGUUUGAAGCACAGUUAGAAGAUUUAGAUCAAGAACUCCACCGGUCAGCUGCUGAAAAUGCUGCACUUUCAAGGUCAUUGCACGAUCGUUCGGCCAUGCUCAUGAAGAUCAAUGAAGAAAAAUCUCAAGCGGAGGCUGAUAUUGAACUUUUGAAGACCAAUAUUGAAUCAGGCGAAAGAGAAAUAAACUCACUCAAGUAUGAGGUUCAUAUAGUUUCCAAGGAGCUUGAAAUCCGAAAUGAGGAAAGGAACAUGAGUAUGAAAUCAGCAGAAGUAGCCAACAAGAAUCAUUUAGAGAGUGUCAAGAAAAUAGCCAAACUGGAAACAGAGUGCCAGAGAUUACGUGGACUUGUUCGAAAGAAGUUGCCAGGGCCUGCUGCAUUGGCGCAAAUGAAGCAAGAAGUUGAAUAUUUAGGCCGUGAUGGUGGAGAAAACCGGUUUCGGCGUUCCCCUGUUAAGAACUUCAAUCCUCAUCUGAGUCUACUUUCUGAAGUUUCUCUUGACAGUGUUCAACAAUGCCACAAAGAGAACGAAUUUCUUACUGCACGUUUGUUGUCUACGGAGGAAGAAACUAAGAUGCUGAAAGAAGCUCUGGCAACACGUAACAGCGAAUUACAGGAUUCGAGAAAUAUGUUUGCUAAGGCAGCUAGCAAGCUUCGAGAAAUGGAGGAAGAACUGCAAGUUUUGAAUCAGCAUAAAAUCUCUCGGAAGCUAAGUAUAGAAACAAUUACCGAAAUUUCCCCAAGUCAAAAUGCUAGUAAUCCGCCAAGCUUGACGUCUAUAUCUGAGGAUGAGAUUGAUGAAGAAGGUAGUUCUGGAGAAGGUUGGGCUGCAGAGUUUAAGAAGGAAAAGUGUGUCGGCAACGGAACCAACAAGGUUGACAAUCAAAAUCAUGUAGAACUUAUGGACGACUUCUUAGAGAUGGAGAGAUUGGCAUGUUCGUCAACUGAAAUCAACGAUGCAAUAUCUGUCCCAGAGAAUGGGGAUCAGAAUACGUCGAUUGAAAUUUCUCACCCUGGGAAUCUCUUUGUGGAACAGCAGCUGGAUUCGGAUGCUAAAUCGACAAUUUCUAAUCAUGUCUCGAUGAAAGAGCUUCAGUCAAAAAUUUCCAUGUUAUUCAAGCCUGAAUCAAAGGAUGCUGAUGUUGCGGAAGUCUUAGAGGGCAUCAAACUUGUCGUGCAGGAUAUCACUCUGCCUCCAUGUUCUGCUCUAUGCACCCUUAAUGGCGAACUUUCUGCUGAGGCUACUAACAAUCAUCAAAUAGGGAUCUGUUUGAAUGAUGAUAGGAAACUAGAUGACACCACUGAGCUUCUUUUAGAGCAAGAUUUGUCUAGUGCUGUUUCACAGAUUAAUGAUUUUGUUGUGUCAAUGGGCAAGGAAGCCAUGACAAUUCAUGAUGUGUCUUGUGGUGGACAUGACUUCACUCAAGAUAUUGGCGAGUUCUCUGAAUCUGUUAGCAAAGUAUUAUGCAAGAAAAUGAGUCUAGUUGAGUUCCUUCUCGGCCUCGCUCAUGUUUUAGCUAAAGUUGGUGAUUUAAGCAUUAGUGUGCUGGGUUAUAAAGGGAUUGGAAGAGAAAUCAACAGUUCUGACUGCGUAGACAAGGUAACACUAUUAGAAAAUAAUAUAACCCGCUCUACUUCUGAUACUGAAGGAGGCUUAAGUCCAGCUUCGAUGUCGGACGGUACGUUGUGCAAAUGCUUAUCAGAUUUAGAUGCAUUAAAAUCUGAAAAAGAUAACAUGGCGAUGGAAUUAGCUAGAUAUACUGAAAAUCUAGACCUUGCGAAGGUUCAUUUAGAGGAAACUGAGAAGCUUGUGAUGGAACUUAAAUCACAAUUGGUAUCUUCCGAAAAAUCAAACAGCUUGGCAGAGACACAACUGAAAUGUAUGGCAGAAUCGUACAGGUCACUUGAAAAUCGUGCGCAAGCUUUAGAAACUGAAGUGAACCUUCUCCGAACUGAAUUGGAGGCUGUCAAAAACGAGCUUAAAGAAGAAAAGAUGGAUCACGAGGACACUAAGGUCAAAUGCAAGGAUCUUGAAGAGCAGAUACAAAGAACUGAGAACAGCUCAAUCUGUGCAUUGCCGUCAGCUGGUGAUACCCAUAACAAGUUUAAACAGGAAAAGAACAUAGCAGAUGCAACAGAGAAGCUAGCUGAGUGCCAAGAGACCAUACUUCUUCUUGGCAGGCAAUUGAAAGCUAUGCGUCCUUCGGUGGAGCUAACUGGCUCGAUGCCAUACAUUGAGAAGCAUCAAAUGAAUGAAGAUUUGAUGGAAGAUGGUGAUCACACUGAGGUGGAAAAUAUUGUUUCCCCCCAUAGGAUUCUGUCUACAGAAGGUUGCGAGUCCCCUAUGAAUCCGUCCUAUACAGAAGCAAAUUUACUUUUGAGAUCUCCCAUCAACUCAAAGCACCCACCACAUCAACAUUCUAAAACAUCAUCAUCCUCAUCUCCUGGGCUAACGCCAGAGAAAAACUCCCGUGGUUUUAGUAGGUUCUUUUCGUCGAAAUCAAAAAAUGGCUAAUGGAUGAGUAACUCAGUUCUCCAAUCAUGCCUUCAAAGUACUCCAAUCCACAUAGCGGAUGGAUAUGUAGAUGUUUCUGAUGCAGGCUUUGGGCUGUACUCCAAAUGGUGCAUCUGUUCCACAUGUUCCAAGAUAGGGUGUCAGUUACAAGUGACUGAAUUAUAAUAGCCCAAAGUUUAACUUUCAAAGUCCUCUGCUACUUGGGACCACAAAGAAAAAGUAAAAAAGAAAGAAAAGAACAGUGUGAAAAAAUGGAUGUAUAGUUUACAUGCACUUAAGUGGAAGCUGAGGGAGGAAAAUGGGGGGCGAUAAGCAUUUUAGCGCAAGUAGUUGCAUUCCGAAUCCUUUCUGUUUCUGCGUAAUAUGGGCAAUAAUAAUAUUGGGCAAAAUGGAUACAUGUUAUCUUGUUAAUAUACCCCCCUUUCAAAAUAUCUGCGUAAUAUGGGCAAUAAUAAUAUUGGGCAAAAUGGAUACAUGUUAUCUUGUUAAUA